UUUCCUCUUUCCCUGCCGSUCCCCKUGUCCGUGUUUGCCUUUGACCUGCYCGGGUUUGGARGCCGUGUGUCCGUUUAAAGCCGCGAGCUUUCAGAGGGAAGUUCUGACGUCUUUAAAGGCGAAACCCGGCAGAACUUCUUCAUAUCAGCUCGUUAGCUUAGCACAGCCGCGUGAGCCUGCCGUCAAAACAAACAUGAGGCAGCUGCUCCUCACUWCCUAACCAGUCCACGGUCCACUUAUCAAAGCCACAUUUUUACAUUUUCAGCAGCUGCAGAAAUGAACGGUGAAAACUUCACCCUCUGUGAGAAGACGGUCGCUGCCUCUUACAUCCGACAGGGGUCUCAGGCACGUCGGGGGCACGAGCAGCUCAUCAGACAUUUACUGGAGCAGGGUAAAUGUCCAGAGGAAGGGUGGAGCGAGAGCACCGUGGAGCUUUUCCUGAACGAGCUGGCCGUGAUGGACAGCAACAACUUCCUGGGAAACUGCGGCGUGGGAGAGAGGGAGGGCCGGGUGGCGUCCAGCCUGGUGGCGAGGCGACAUUACAGGUUGAUCCACGGCAUAGGGAGGUCAGGUGACAUCGCUGCUGUUCAGCCUAAAGCUGCAGGAUCCAGUCUGCUGAACAAGCUGACCAACUCUGUGGUGCUGGACAUCCUCAGGCUGUCAGGUGUUCGCAGCGUGGCCAGCUGCUUCGUUGUUCCCAUGGCCACGGGGAUGAGCCUGACCCUGUGCUUCCUGACCCUUCGACACAGGAGACCCACGGCUCGUUACAUCAUCUGGCCUCGAAUCGACCAGAAGUCCUGCUUUAAAUCUAUGAUCACAGCAGGUUUCGAGCCCGUAGUCGUGGAGAACGUCCUCGAGGGCGACGAGUUGCGGACGGACCUGGACACGGUCGAGCGAAAGAUCGAGGAGCUCGGAGCGGAGAACAUCCUGUGCGUUCACUCGACCACAUCCUGCUUCGCUCCUCGCGUCCCUGACAGGCUUGAAGAACUGGCUACCAUGUGUGCCAAACAUGAAAUCCCUCACAUAGUCAACAAUGCAUAUGGAGUACAGUCGUCUAAAUGCAUGCAUCUCAUACAGCAGGGGGCUCGAGUGGGAAGAAUCGACGCUUUCGUUCAGAGCUUGGACAAGAACUUCAUGGUUCCAGUAGGUGGCGCCAUAAUUGCAGGAUUUGACGAGUUUUUUGUUCAGGAGGUCAGCAAAAUGUACCCAGGUCGAGCAUCAGCUUCACCCUCUCUUGACGUCCUCAUAACUCUUCUCACUCUGGGAGCCAGAGGCUACAAGAAGUACCUGUCGGACAGAAAGGAGAUUUAUUUGUUCCUGGCUCAGGAGCUGAAGGCUCUGGCUUCUGCACACGGGGAGAGAUUGCUUCACACCCCACAUAAUCCCAUCUCUCUGGCCAUGUCCCUCGAUGGUCUCCAGGCCUCAAGCGAUCAGGCGGUGACUCAGCUCGGCUCCAUGCUGUUCACCCGACAAGUGUCAGGAGCCAGGGUGAUCCCACUGGGCAAGGAGCAAGUCGUGAACGGACACACGUUCCGCGGCUUCAUGUCGCACGCCGAGUCGUACCCCUGCCCCUACCUCAACGCCGCCUCCGCCAUCGGCAUCACUCGGGACGACGUGACUCUGUGCGUGAAGCGGCUCGACAAGUGCCUGAAGGCGCUGAGGAGAGACGCGAGCGCUGCGAGGAAUUGUUGCGCUGUGCCUGAAGCGAACCAGGAGGUGACGGAGGAGGAGGAAUGAGCUGAAGCGGGACCCUACUGCCUACGUUUCACUUGAUUAUGACCCAGGAACGGUACUCUCUGAUGAACUGUUGAUUCAGCCUUUCUCAUCACGUCAACGACUGACAGCAGCUAGUUAUUUAAUUGUGUUAAUAAGUUAAAUUUUAACAACUUGAACCAAAGAGGAAUAUGUU